AUGUCAGAAAAAACGAAGGUCCCCACCCCAGCCGAAAGUAGCACAGCGACUUCCUUGCCGACCAUAUAUCACAGUUCACGGAUAAAGGACCGUAACAGUGUAUUUGUUGCACACGCUAUAAGCAUAAGCACAAAAAAAAAUGUUGAAAAUUUUAAAAACAUAUUAGAACUUGAAGAAAAAAAUGCGACAAAUUAUAUACUAGCUUUUCGAAUGGAAAAUGUGGAUGGGACUCUAGUAGAAGAAAGCGAUGACGAUGGCGAAAGAUAUGCAGGGGAACGUUUACUAAACCUUCUUAAAACAUUGGACGUUAAGAAUGUAGCAGUCAUCGUAACACGAUGGUUUGGUGGAGUAUUGCUUGGUCCUGUCAGGUUCGAACAUAUUUUAAAAUGCGCGAGAGAAGUAUUGGAUCACGGAGCUUUUGUGGGGAAUAGAAAUAUGUUAUCUUCUAUUAAACAUUCGUCAGCUACAUUGCUU